AUGGCUUCAUACACUGCUACUUCCAGAACUACAGAGGGCCCGGAAAAAACGGCGACGCGCCUGGCUACAAACGCUGCUGCUACUGCUGCUUCCAGGGCUUCGGAGGGUCAGCAAAAAACAGCCAAUCGACUGACUAAAAACCCUGCGGUUACUGCUGCUUCCAGGGCUUCGGAGAGCCAGCAACAAACGGCCAAUCGACUGACUAAAAACGCUGCGGCUACUGCUGCUUCAAGGUCUUCCAAACGUUUGGAACAACGGGCGACUCGCCUUGCUACGAACGCUGCCGCUAUCACUGCUUCCAUGGCUUAUGAAGAUGCAGGUGGCCACUCCAUUACCAUUGCAAAUGUCGCUUCUGCUACUGCUACCGCACCUUCCCACGACCAACGUCCUACAUUGCAGCAGAACAGUCGACGACGACAUCCUGCCUACAGUGUGACGACUCCCAACAGCCAUUACUGGCACCUACGCGCUUUCAACUAUGAGCCAAACUUUCAUUACUCCAGCCGCGCUGACAUAAAUAUUGGAGAAAUGUGCUCUAAUUGCCAAUUCUGCAAUGCUAAAAUGUGGGCUGCUGAGCCACCUGGAAUGUGCUGCUUAAACGGUAAGGUCAGAUUGCCCCCUCUUCCCCAACCGCCACAGCCUUUGAAGGAACUACUUACUGGUUCUACCUCAAGUUCAUCCAAAUUCCUUCAAAUCAUCAGGAAUUACAAUUAUGCGUUUCAGAUGACUUCUUUUGGGGCUAAUGUUGUCACAGACAGUGGUUGGAUGCCUACUUUCAAGGUCCAGGGACAGGUGUACCAUCUCAUUGGGUCGCUCCACCCACUACCAAAUUGCAAGCCGUCAUUCCUCCAAAUUUAUUUCAUUUCAAAUUACAAUAGGCAACUUGAUGUGCGAUUUGGCAUUAUUCCACCACCUGCAAACACUGGUGCUGACACUUUUGACAGGGAUGUGAUGCUCAGUCUGCAAAACAUGCUUCAUCAGCACAACAGCUAUAUUCGCAGCUUCAAAUAUGCCUUACAAACAGCCCCUUCACCAAAAUUCACUAUUGUCAUAGAUGCUGAUAAAAGACCUUCUGGAGAGCACGCACAACGUUAUAACGCUCCUUCGUGCAAUGAUGUCGCUGUACUUCUCCACGGUGAACAGCACAAUAACCGAGUCAUAGUUAUUCAUAGCCGUGACAGAGGUCUCCAACGUAUUACUGAGACACAUCGUUCAUACGAUGCCCUGCAGUAUCCCAUUCUUUUUCCAUACGGGGAAGGCGGGUACCAUUUUGGCAUUCCUCAGCGAAAACCAAACGAGCCCACUGCUGCGACAUCCAAAACUGCUUCAUGUAUGGAUUUCUAUUCGUACCGCUUCAUGACGAGGCCUAAUGAUUUUAGCACCCUGCACAGGUCACGGGAACUGUUUCACCAGUUUGCAGUUGAUAUGGCUGCAAAGAUGGAGUCGGAGAGACUGUGCUUCAUUAGAUUGAAUCAGAAGAAGCUGCGAUCAGACUCCUACAUCCAUUUGCGUGAUGGCAUCAAUAAUGACGCUGACCCAAGGAACAUCAGCAAAAUAUGCAUUCUCCCCUCAACAUAUACAGGGGAGCCACGAUACAUGCACGAGCGAAGACAAGACGAUAUGACUUUCGUUCGGCACUAUGGACGCCCUGAUUUAUUCAUCACAUUUACAUCCAAGCAUUACGAAGCAAUCAGUGCGCAUACAUCUUUGUCCAAGGCUCUGAAAACCACUGAGGCUUACAAUGGAGAAGUUGUAUUAAAUAAUGCAUUUGGUAUCGCAGAAACAACACAGUUUGAAUCUCUGGAGUAA